AUGACCAUGCUGCAUCGUAGCUUCUCGCAAUUCUGCGUGCCGUCAACCGUCCUCCUCCCCCUAAUCGCCAUUGUCGCGUUCGCCACGGCAGGAUGCCUGGCCACUCCCCCACAAUCCAUCCUCCCGUACCAGCUACAAAUAUUCCGUCUCGACUUACAAUCGUCGGACACGUUCCGUCGGUCGCUCAUGCCGCUGCCAAUGGGCGACGAAACGGACGGUGCUGACGGCGACAUUAGCUCCAUCCGACGAAUCACGAGCGAAACCAGUUCGUCCAGCAGCAGCAGUGGAAAGAAGACAAAGGCGAAGAAGACGAAGAAGACAAAGAAGGCGAAAAAGACGAAGAAGUCGAGGAGGUACAGGAACGCGGUCGGGGCGACGGCAGCAACAUCAUUGGUGGCGAAGAAGAACACGGGGUCGCGAGGAAAAGCGCAGGCUACCCAGGGCGACUCGUUCCUGCAUGAAGCGAUUGCGAGUGCCAACGAGAAGGCGGGAAGUGCCGUCAAGGUGGUGCUGUCUGCUGACGUGACACUCACGUCAAACCUCCCUCAGCUAGAGUACAACGCCAUUCUCCAUAUCCAAGGCAAAUGCGGAGGCAAGCGCUGCGUAAUCAAGGGCAACGGCUUCAAAGGCUUCAACUGCGAUCCCGGCGCCGCGCUACAGCUCGAGGACCUCCACAUUGAAGGCUUUACCGGCGGCGCGAUCAUCGGCGAAUGCAGCGGCGUGGGCCUUGCGAAACCGCUCAUCGCUCGCCGUGUAACCUUCCGUGGUAACAGUAACACGCGAGGCGGAGCGAUUUCGCAGGAGCUCGCGACGAUCCAGAUCUCGGAGUGCCUUUUUGAGAACAACCAGGCGUCGUUGGAUGGCGGCGCGAUCUCGCUGCUGCGAAGCGGGUUUCUCGCCAUUUUCAACUCGACGUUCGUGAAUAACGUGGCGAGCGGCGGAUAUGGCGGCGCAGUGGCCGGUCAGGUUAACUACGUGCAGAGGAGCCGGUUCGAGGGAAACUCGGCGAAGCUAAACGGAGGCGCGAUCUACUCGACCGCGAUCGCCGGGCAGGCGCCUAGUAUCAUGCGGACGUCGUUUCAGGCGAAUGUCGCGAGGACGGGUGGCGGUGGUGCGCUGUUCGUGGGUGUGGAGGGUGGUGGGAGCGCGAAGCUGGUAACCCGUGUGUGCUAUUCGUCGUUCGCGAAGAACAGUGCUGUUUCGCCAACGGCUAGCGAUGAUAUUCUGGUGGAUGGCGUGGAGGGCGGGGGGAACGUGCUGCAGCUGUGUAGUAACCAGAAGCCGGACAUGGUGGCUCAGCAACCCAACGCCCAAGUUGUCCAGUCGUGCAAGGGGUGCUCUGGCUGCGGCGAUGGCGAUGACUGCAACGGCAAGGGCAAAUGCAUCUACGAUAAGGUGGACGGGACUCCCUCGUGCAAGUGCCAAGGCAGCUACUCCAAAGCCGCCUCCUGUGCUACAUGCGAGCUCGGCUACAGCCUUGCUUCUGACUGCAAUCUCUGUAUGGCCGGUUUCAUUCCUGUCACUACCUCAUCUCGCUCCUCUUCCUCCGCCUCCUCUACCACGUCCUCCGCCGCGAUAGCGAAGAAAGGAACUGCUACUAACGGGAAUGUGAAGUGCAAGACGUGUCCGGCUCUCAAGGCGAUUAGUGACCUGGACGUGUACCGGAUUAUUGGCGGUGCGCGUGUGUCAACCCAAGCUGCGUGCGCGGACAUGUGUGCGUCGAGCCGGAAUAUCCAAACGUACGAGGGGGAUAAGCUUUCUUGCGAGAGCUGGGUGUGGAUUCCCAAGGGCUCGCCUGGUGCUGCUAAGAGCAAGAGCAGCAAGAGCACCGGCAGUGGCAGCGGUGGCGGUGGCAGUGGAGGGAAGAAAAAGGGUGUGGCGGAGUGGGAGAGUGAGUGUGCGGGUUUCUGCGUGAUGCGGCAUACGGACGGAGCGUGUAGUAAUGGGACUGCUGUUCUGAGGACUGCAAAUGGGUACUCGUACUAUGUUGGGUCGUUCGACGAUGGCAGCUGCCAGGCAUGA